AUGGGUUUGAUUGAGUCUGAAGAUUCUCUCAAUUCUGAUGCAUUUAUGGAGCUGGCAAUACAGGAAGCAAAAGUUGCUCUUCACAGACUUGAAGUGCCAGUUAGUUGUGUAAUCGUCGAGAACAGGAAGAGAUGGACAGCUAUUGAUGGCCUUUUACAUAAAUGGCACAGAGAUGGACUUUCACAAUCUGAAGUUGUGAAAAGGAUUUCAGAGUGCACCCUUUUUGUUACAUGUGAGCCAUGCAUAAUGUGUGCAAGCGCCUUAUCGGAUUUUGGUUUGAAGGAAUUUUACUAUGGAUGUACCAAUGAUAAGUUUGGGGGAUGUGGUCCAAUUCUUUCAUUGCAUGAAACCAGCUGCGUACAAUCAAAUAAUGCUGGCAUAACUGGUUUAAAAUGCUCUGGAGGAAUAAGGGCACCAGAAGCAAUUUCUCUUUUCAAAAUCUUCUAUCAACAUGGUAAUCUUAAUGCUCCGAAGCUUCAUCGAGCAGAUUUCAACCUUAGUACUUUUCUCUUGUUGGCUGUCCUUUGGAGACUCUCUUUGUUGUUACUAGAACACCAGCUUUAA